ACAAAAAUUGUGCAGUCAGAGGAUAAACCACAAAACAGUAUUUAACAGGGAGACACCAGGUCAUUUUUUUAAAUACCCAGUAAAGGGUUUUUAAUAGUUCAUUGAUAUAAAAAUCCUGCCAACCUAAUCUACGUAAAUAUAUGAGGAAGAUUUCAAUGGCCGCAUCUAGAGAAAUGUACCAACUGGAACUACACUAGAGCUUGGCUUGCUUCUGAAAUAAUACUGUACACAAUAAAAGAACAACUUCUUUUUUAAAAAGCCCCACGUCAAAUGUAUGGUGUAUCAAUAAAUGUAGCUCUUAGAUGGAGUGAUAGUUCAACACUAUUUGUAAGACAUUUAUGGUCUUAAUACAUUUUGUGCUAAUAAUAGUAAUAAAACCUCAAUCUGUUUACCAUUUUUGAGACAUAGAUUUAGGGUUUUAAUUUUUAAUAUUCUGAUUCUCUAUGAUAAUCAACAAACUUUUUAAGCAUAUUAUAUUGAUCAAAAUCCUGUGAGAAGAGCAAAUGAAAUAUGAGUUUUUAGAAAUUAACAGUAUAAGUGUAUCUAUACGCAGACAUAUACAUACUCUUUUUUGAAGAUAUGUCCACUGGUAGAUUUCCCAUGCUCCAGCAUUGGAUAGCUGUACACUCAUGUACACAUGGACAGAACCAACAUGUUAUCACAAACAACACCCCCACCAAAAAAAAAAAGACACACACACACACACACACACACACACACACUCAGUUUGGUUUCGUUUCCUCAGACAGAGUCUCAUUAUGUUACCUAGUCUGGUUAUGACCUCAUAUCCCUCCUCCCUCCUGACUGCUAGGAUUAUAGGUGUGAACCACCACACCUCACUUACGCUUUUAUUUUUUAAAGUACAUGAUAGUGAAUAUUAAAUCAUUAUAGUAUUAGAUUCCAAGUGUAUAUACUUUUAAAACCACAUUAUUUUAAAAUGUCAGAUUUUACAAUACAUCAGAAAUAAUGUUCUUUGUAAAACCUGAAACAACCUCAGAAGCUGACAAUUUGUCCAGAGUCCUUCUAAGUUCAGAGAAGUCAAGACCAUGGUAGGACCUUCUACUCUGCUCCUCUUGCCUUGUUAUUAUAUUCUAGAAUUAGGAGCUGUAUUGAUCUAGUAUAUCCUUGGAAACUGGAUUUAUGGCAAGCAGAGAUUCCCCAAUCAGUGGUAUGUGGGUAUGACUAACUUUCAAACAACUACAAUAUUAAUUACUCGCCUUUCCAUAAGAGUCAUUACCAUGUUCUUUCUGAUAAUGAUCUCCUCUGGUGCUUUUGAAAUGUGUUCUAGGUUUAUAAUAAUUCAACUUCUAUGCACAGCUUUUCACAUUUUAAGUCUAAAAUAUGAGUAUGUUGCUUUGAUGCUGUAGAUCACUUCUGGCACCCACCCCUUUGCAAGUGUCUUCACAAAUACACUAUAGUUCAGCACAGCACAGAAAGCAGCCAGAAAGGGAUGAGAUGGUGGGACAAUAUCAGAGAAAGGGGUGCGGACCUCUAAGCAGCAAGGUUGUUCAAACCUGAGGCUGCUUAAAUCGCAUCAUUACUAACUCACAACUGGAUUAAAACAUGAAUUCUUUUUCAUUUAAGAACAGAGAUGGGGCCAGUAGGCGGGGCCGUCCCGGCCAGGCCCUGCGCGCUCCGCCCCCACUGCUGCCCACGCGCGCGCGCCCGCCCCCGCACGUGGCGCCGGAACUCGGCGCGGGCCCGCUCUGCAAAGUAACAACUCUCGUCCCAGUGGAAUAGAAGAUGAACUCAACUGAAUUCGGUGAAGAUGUAGAAGAAGUUGUAAAAAAUAACGCUGUGAAGGUAGAGGGUGAUGAUGCUCCGCUGGACUACUCCCGGAACUCCAGGGCCUCCGAGAAGCACCCCUUGGACAGCGUCCUCACUGCCCUCCAGGAGUCCAGCAAGCGGAAGCAGCUGGGCAGCGACAACCAACCAGACUCCGUCCCCAGUGUGAAGAGGAGACGGUUGAUACCCGAGGCACUCCUCGCAGGCAUGCGCAACCAUGAGAACAGCUCACCCUGCCAGGGAAACGGGGAGCCAGCCAGCCGGGGCAGGAGUGGCAGCUGCGUGUGGCCUGCAGAGGAAGAGCCUUCCAAUGAGGCCACCACUCCUUCCUACAAGAAGCCUCUGUAUGGCAUCUUCCACAAGAUCAUGGAGAAGAACAACCCUCCCUCUGGAGACCUGCUCAGCCCCUAUGAGCUCAUUGAAAAGGCAAACUUCAGUAACAGUCCUCCUCUACGCCUGCUGAAUGAGCCUCAGAAACGGGAAUGUGGUGCUGGGGUGGCCAGUGAUGGGGACCCCAAUAUCUACUUCCUGAUCCAGAAGAUGUUCGACAUGCUCAACACGCUCACAUCUAACAUGUCCCAGCUUCACAGCAAGGUGGACCUGCUCUCCCUCGAGGUGAGCCGUAUCAAGAAGCAGGUGAGCCCUUCAGAGCUGGUGGCCAAGUUCCAGCCUCCGCCCGAGUACCAGCUCACUCCCGCCAAGCUGAAGCAGAUCGUGGAGCAGAGCCUGUCCUGCGGCGACCUAGCCUGUCGCCUGCUUGUGCAGCUCUUCCCCGAGCUCUUCAGCGAUGUGGAUUUCUCCCCCGGCUGCAGUACCUGCGGCUUUGCCGCCAAGCGGAAGCUAGAGUCGCUGCACCUCCAGCUUAUCCGCAACUACGUGGAGGUCUACUACCCCUCUGUGAAGGACACGGCUGUGUGGCAGGCUGAAUGCUUGCCACAGCUGAACGACUUCUUCAGCCGCUUCUGGGCCCAGUGGGAAAUGGAAGACAGCCAGCCAGGCGGCCAGGUCACCAACUUCUUUGAAGCCGACCAAGUGGAUGCCGGCCACUUCCUGGACAACAAGGACCAAGAAGAAGCUCUGUCUCUGGACCGCAGCAGCACCAUCGCCUCCGACCAUGUGGUGGACACACAGGACCUCACCAAGAUCCUCGAUGAGGCCUCUUCCCCAGGUGAGUUUGCUGUGUUCCUCCUGCACCGGCUCUUCCCAGAGCUGUUUGACCACCGGAAGCUGGGUGAGCAGUACAGCUGCUAUGGGGACGGUGGCAAGCAGGAGCUGGAUCCCCAGAGGCUGCAGAUCAUCCGCAACUACACGGAGAUCUACUUUCCCGAUAUGCAGGAGGAGGAGGCCUGGCUGCAGCAGUGUGCCCAGCGCAUCAACGGUGAGCUGGAGGGCCUGGGGCUGGAGGCGGGCAGCGAGGGGGAGGCCCCACGGGACGACUGCUACGACUCCUCCAGCCUGCCAGAUGACAUCUCAGUGGUCAAGGUAGAGGACAACUUCGAGGGCUAUCGGCCUGGCCGGCGCUCCAAGAAGAUCUGGCUGGUGCCCAUUGAUUUUGACAAGCUGGAGAUCCCACAGCCUGACUUCGAGAUGCCAGGCUCAGAAUGCCUGCUGAGCAAGGAGCAGCUGCGGAGCAUCUACGAGAGCAGCCUGUCCAUCGGCAACUUUGCCACCCGCCUGCUGGUGCACCUCUUCCCAGAGCUCUUCACCCACGAGAACCUGCGCAAGCAGUACAACUGCAGCGGCUCCCUGGGCAAGAAGCAGCUGGACCCUGCCCGCAUCAGGCUGAUCCGCCACUAUGUGCAGCUGCUCUACCCGCGGGCCAAGAAUGACCGCGUGUGGACUCUGCAGUUCGUGGGCAAGCUGAACGAGCGCUGUCGGCGGCGCAGGGACACGGAGCUGCGGCGCUCCUACCAGCAGCAGCACAAGGUCCACGUGCCUGGCCCCGAGUGCCGGGACCUAGCAAGUUAUGCAAUCAACCCCGAGAGGUUCCGAGAGGAGUUUGAGGGGCCCCCACUGCCUCCUGAAAGGAGCAGCAAAGACUUUUGCAAAAUCCCCUUGGACGAGCUGGUGGUCCCCUCGCCAGACUUUCCGGUGCCUUCCCCCUACCUGCUGUCAGACAAGGAGGUAUGUGAGAUCGUGCAGCAGAGCCUGUCCGUGGGCAACUUUGCUGCCCGGCUCCUGGUCAGGCUUCCAGAACUCUUCACCGCCGAGAACCUUCGACUGCAGUACAACUACUCCGGGGCUUGCAACAAGAAGCAGCUGGACCCCACGCGGCUGAGGCUCAUCCGUCAUUACGUGGAAGCUGUCUACCCCGUGGAGAAGAUGGAGGAGGUGUGGCACUAUGAAUGUAUACCCAGCAUCGAUGAGCGGUGUCGCCGCCCCAAGAGGAAAAAGUGCGACAUCCUCAAGAAAGCCAAGAAAGUGGAGAAGUGAGAGGGCUGGGCCGCCCAGGGACUUGGGUCACCACAGGCUGAGCAAUGGGCGGGGACCGAGCAUUGCUCCGGAGCUCGUGUACGGUACCCACAGACAGGCACCUUAUGUCAGUGGCGAGUGGUUUCCUACAUUUGCACACGUAACACCUACCCAGCCACAAGAAAGAAGCCUUGAAUUCGGUCUCUUGUAUUCACGACUCUAUUCUGUGAUCCCUGGUGGCACGGCCGGAGCCUGGGAGUAACCAUGCUGUGAAAUCCAAGAAUUGACAGGGUAGUCCCUCCUCAGGGCUGGGGCGCCCUCCCUAGCCCUCACAAUUCAAAAUACAAAUUUAGACUAGAUGUGGUAGUCCACACCUCUACUCACAGGCCAUUGGACCUCUGUGAGCUCAAGGCCAGUCUAGUCUACAUAAUGAGACCCUGUCUCAAAAACAGCAAAAUACAAAUUCAGCAGCUUGUUUCUCUCCCAUGUUUUGCAUGUUCCAUUUUUAUCUUUUUUUUUUUUAAUUAAAAUGAAAUCCUUUUCAAGAAAAUCAUCGGGCUCUUUGGUAGUCAUUUUAUUUAGGGGAAAAGAAAUCUUAAAAUAUUUGAAAUGAGAUACUGUAAGAUUACUUAAAUUGCUGGGAUUUUUAAAGAUGAUUUUAGAUUUAUGCUUUUUUUUUUUCUUUAAAGAAAUGCCAUAUUCAGGCGUUAUGGGUACCUGGCUUCAGGCGGCACAGUGGCUAGUUUUACUAAUCCUGUGUUUGACAUCUGAGUUUGGAAGAGUCCAGAGGCCCCUUGGAUCCAGCCGACAGGAUGGAAUCUAAGUACUAGAAGUAGUGUGUAGCCCCUUGAUACUCUAUGAGUCCCCUUCUGCCGGGCCCCCCCCCCCGAAAGGUUCCCUGGGGCUCAGCCUGUCAGCCUGCCCUGGGGUGCUCAUUGUAGACAGAACGCUGGAAGAAGACGUGAAUGUAGAUAGAUGUGGAGGGAGGCUCAGUUCACCGGACUCCACGUGAGCUGUGUCCUCCACAGCCCUGUUCCCUCUGUACACAGAGAUGGGACACAAGGUGUAGGGACAUUUUUGUGUGAUUUAUGGGUGGGCUUCUCUUGGUUCACCAAGAACUGUUUACUUUUCCAUGAAUUUGUACAAAGUCCUAUCCCCCGACCUCAGUGUUAGCUCCUCCCAUGAGCAGCAUGGCCUUGUACCUCGAAGAGCCUAGGGCUCUUCUGCGGGUGUCGGAAGGACCCAGACCAUCUUAAAUGGAGCACCCCUGCCCCUUCCCAGCCCCACUCAGACCUCCUCAAUCCUUCCAGGAAGUUCUGCCGUCCUGGCCCGGCCCACCCCUGCCCUGGAGGCACACAUGUCUUCUACCCUCCACACUGGGCCAGAGCCUAAGAAGGAAAGGAAGCAGUGUUUCCAAACUGAAUCCAUCUACCAUUGACCUAGAAAAUGAAUUGAGUUGCCUGGGUAGUCAUAAAAGCCUCGUGGGACAUUUCAAAUGCGGUAACUUAAUGGCUUACUAUUUUGCUACCUUAAUAUGCAGAAAUGAUAGAAAUAAUCUAUGAAUUUUCUCAUGCAGAUAAGAACUUUAGUUCUAGUAGACAAUAUGAUAUAAUUUUGCAUGUACCCAAUGGGCAUUUAAAAAAAAUAACAAUUUUGAAUACUAUAAAGCUUCUAUUCACUGUCAUUUUCAGGUAAUUCAUGCUGUAACUGUAAACCUAAAUUAUUGAUGUUGAGAAGUACACAGGGCCUUCAUGGCUCUCUGUCACAUGACCACACCUGCGAACAUAUCUCCUUACUAAAAAGUGGGCAGGGCGGGGGGUGCUCCACAAACAAAGCAACCUUCUUUGUGCCUAGAAAGAAGGUCACAGGGGCAUCCAAAAGACUCCCCUUCCCCUUACUUGGGCCUCUCUCCAAUGCCUUAGUCUCUCUCUCUCUCUCUCUCUCUCUCUCUCUCUCUGUUUCUCUCUCUCACACACACACACAUGCACACGCACGCUCGCAUGCACGCACGCACGCACACACUACCCCAAAGAUGGCUGUGGCACGCUCUCACCCUUCCACUAGUCAGAGAGAAUUCCAUGGAUUUGCUCUGGUCUUGAGGAUAUAACCAAGAGGAUUCCAAACCAUGUGGAAAUUGUCCUGCUUUCUGGAGUGGAGCGUGGCCCCGCAGCGUCAGAAGCACAAUCGGUUGCUGAGUUUUUACAAGUCCUGUCUGCUCACAGCACAGACGGUAGGUUCUCGGAAUUAAGCGUGACUUUUUGUAACCCAGAGCGUGUUGAAUUCUGGGAAACUGUUUUA